AUGGCUAGCACAUCAUCGAAAUCGAAAAAGGAUGUAUUACCUGAAUAUUUCUCAAUAAAUAAUUAUGAUUACCGGAUUGGCUCAAUCUGCGAUGCAGUCUUUCCCCAAAAUAACAAGAAAAAAGCAAAAGCAAAACGCACCUCACUCGCAAAGUUAUUCGACGAUAGCAACAAAUCUAAGAAAGUUACAGUAGAAUUUUUGGAUCCUCCAACAUCGAAGUAUGAUCAGAUGCACGCAAAGCAGCUCAAAGUAAGUGACGAUUUUGCAGCUGCAAAGAAUAAAGAACAUGUUAGUAAGGAUGCAAAUCAACAAGCAGAAAAGCAACAGAACGUUACUAAAACCCCUUCAGAUAGUAACUUCGAAAAGGUUAACAUUUGGCUCUUAUUUAGCCUGUUGCUGAAUCAAAUAUGUCGAAAAAGACAGCAUUUAUCAAAUGUCCAAGAUGAAUCACUUCGUGAUCAUUUCCAUUCAUGUGGUGAAGUCGAAACCAUUCGUAUUAUUAGAGAUCCUAAAACUGGCAUGGGUAAAGUUCCUACCGCAGAUGUUCACUUACCCAACAUUUAUUAUUUACAGUCUAACGAAAGUUUAAUCAUGGCCUUAAAGUUACAUGGUUCGGCCUUUAAUAAAACCAAUAACCUUCGUGUAUUUCGAUCAUCAAAACAGCCUACAUCAAAGAAGAAAACACAGGGUCCUUUUAAAUUCUCUGGAGAGUCGAGCAGUAAAAAGCACGCCCAGCAAGCAGCAAAAUUGAGAAUUAAACGGAAAGAAAAAAGAAAAAAUCUUAAAAAGCAAAAGCAGGAUAUUAAAAGAAAUGUAAAACCUAAAAAAACUAGAUUACAAUCUGUCCAUAAUAAAAACUGA